GUCCGGCUCGCCCGCGGCCGUGUCAGUCGUCAUGCCGCCCGGGCGAGGUGUCACAUGCCUUUGUCGUGUGGAUUUGCAUCUACCCCAAACCCAAAGAAGGAUGAGAAGAAGGUCCCGCCGGAGACCCCGGAGCAGGUGACCUUGAAGCUCAAAGAGCAGCGUGAUUACUGGAACAACCAGGAACGUUCCACUGUGAAGACGAUCCUGUCUCAGUGGGGAGGCCUCCUGUUCUUUGGCUUCUGGUGCCUCAUAGUCUGGAUCG